AUGGCGUACCGCGAGCCGUCCGUUCUCGCCUUCAGCGGCACGAAUGGCCCCCAUCCCACUUUCUACAAAGAGGAUCCUGAACAGGCCCUGCGUCUCUUUAAAGUUUGGGAUGCCAAGUCCCUACUUCUUCUGAGGCCGGGCCCCCUCCCAGAUGACCGUCUGACGCGUGUGUUUGGUGCCUGGAAAUCGCCUGGACAAGACAGGCAGAUUGGUGAUCGGCGGGGUCCUAACUCCUACGAGGCCAAGAUUGGCGGCCCCAGCAAGGAACUCCCUACUGGUCCCCUCAUCACCAAGGUUUCUGUCCAGCGAUACACCCAUUGUCUUCGCGGUUCCGCAGUCGAUAGGAGAGAUUUCUACCAUCAGGCCUGCGUGACUCGCAGCAAGGCUUUCGCGAACGCUGUGGGCCCAGCUUUUGCUUUGAGAGAUUUCGAGGGGCUUGCUGCGCAUGCCGACUUCUUGGCAUGGGCCGAAGGCCAAAACAGGUCCGCUGGAAACCAUCCUUCAUGCAGGCCUAGGCCUAUCCUUGUAGAUCCAGAUACUCCAGUCCACGGCUGCUUUGCAUCUUUGUUCCAAGGCGAUGCUGCAGGCGUGGAAUACGCCACUGCUGCCCACGCCGGUUUCCUGGAAGCGGCCGGAGUGCUCCCUACAUCGGAACGAGGCCGCCUGGUCUCUGGCAGCCCCGUUGCCCCUGAUGGGCCCUGGCUGGGGCUCGUUAUCGACGAUCUCUUUGCCAUCGCAUCCACACCUGUUGCUGUGCCCGCUGGGCCCGAGCCCCCUCCUGACGAGGGAGAGAAGCUUCUAAGGCAGGCUAAGCUUGAGUAUGGCAAAGCUGGCAUCGCUGGAUCAGACGCCAAGGAUAUUUUCGGUCAAACUGUGUUUACUGUCGCUGGGGCGCAGGUUGAUUCCUCUCCUGCAUCUGUCGCCGAUGGACUCACAUCCGUUGGUUGUCCGGCAACAAAACGCCUUGCGCUUGCGCUCGUGUCCUUGAAAGUUGCAGCCGGCCGGGCUAUCACCGAGGAGCUCUGUGGCAUGCUGACAGGUUCUUGGAUCUCGUGCCUGCUCUACAGGCGUUGCCUAAUGUCAGUACUUGAUUCAAUCUUUGGGAUUUCACUUAGGCUCCCUGCUUCUAGUGGGUCUUCGCUAGUUCCCCUCAAGCCUAGGCAGCGCCAAGAGCUUGUUCUGCUCUCGGCUUUGGCCCCUUUGAUGGUCAGCAAUGUUGCCGUUCCCUUCUGCGAACAGGCCUAUGCCUCUGACGCCUCUUUGGCAAAGGGAGGCUACACUUCGGCAGAUGUAGGGCCUGAUGUCUCCAGGGCUCUCUGGCUGUCCUCGGACGCAAAGGGCCAUGUCAUCGGCCCGAUUGUUGACCUCUCAUGUUCGCCCGAGUUCGACAUCGAACAAACUCACGUGCUGGAGUGGAUCCUGUUCCUUUUGCAGUCUGGCAGACUCAAAGCUGUCAUGAUCGAGCCGCCUUGCACUACCUUCUCCGGGCCAGCACGCCCUUGCCUGAGGACCUAUGCUGUGCCUGAAGGUUUUGAUAGAACUUUCCCGAGGACCUGGCGUGGGAACCGGCAAGCUUUCUUUGCAAUUGUCAUCUUCGUUGUUGCCUGGAGGGCCGGGGCACCCGCCUUGGUCGAACAGCCCAGGACUUCAAAGAUGAGACGGACUAAGGCGUGGCAAUAUGCUCUGAGCCUCACUGGAGUGGAGGAGAACUUCCUCGCCUCGUGCGCAUAUGGCUCUCCUUUCCGUAAGGAGUUCGCUCUCCUGGGUACCGGCCUAAACCUCUCCAGAAUCCACAGGCGCUGCCCCAGAGACCAUCACCAUGUUCGCGUCGAGGGUUCCUUUGCUAAGAGCAGUACUGCGUACCACCCCGAGGUAGCCAAGGCUUUUGCUUCCGUUUUCCAUGAGGCUAUCAACUCCAAGCCGGGCCAUGCCAGAUCCCGGACUGGACUGGAAGGUCUGCUGGCAAACGAUGUCCUUUCUGCUUUUGCUUGGAAAACGAAAGCUGCCUGGGCCUGGAAGCGCCCCGAGCACAUAAAUGUCCUUGAGACGAGGGCUUUCACUAGGGUUCCCCGUGACCUCACCCUCGCAGGUGGGGACCUUAGAUAUGCGCACAUUGUCGACUCAGCAGUAGCGCUGGGUGCUGUGUCAAAGGGAAGGAGCUCAGCCAGAACGCUGAAGCCGGCUUUGAAAGCUUCCGCCGCCAUUCAGGUCGCUGGAGGAAUCUAUCCAGGACUCCAUUUCGGACCGACGCGUCUGAACACGGCUGACGUUGGUCCUGCAGUUGCUGAGAGCAUCCCGUCUGGAUGCUCCACCAAUCAUGUCUUGGAUUUCGAUGGCACUCUGGGUUUUCCCGGGGAAGGACCGACAGCACGACAGACUGGCCUCGACGUCGGCCGGCAGGAGCGCAGAGCAUCCCGACCCCUGCCGCUUGGAAGGCCAGUUUUGGACAGGACCAGACAGAAUCGUGACGCACUCAUUCUGGCAUUCUCUUCUUGGCUGCGCGAACGUGGCAUUCAGCUUCAGGAUUUUCUUUUUGGCGCUGGUUUUGACAUUGAGCAAUUGAAUAAUGCCCUUGUGAGCUACGGUCGUGAACUCUACGAUCUUGGGAAGCCAUACUGGCAUUACUCUGAGACUGUCAAUGCAAUCUCAGCCCUCAAGCCUUCUGUCCGCCGGCAACUUCAGGCUGCUUGGGACACUGCUUUCAGCUGGCUUGCAAUGGAGCCGUACACUCACCACGUGCCGAUGCCGCCAGUCAUCCUUCUGGCGAUGCUUACAGUUUGCUUGAUGUGGGGCUGGGUCGCAGAAGCAGGCCUCUUUGCAAUGAGUUGGGGAGGUUUGUUAAGAAUAGGCGAAGCCACGUCCGCCAGACGCAAACAGUUGAUCUUGCCAGUCGAUGUUUUACACGUACAAAGCUUCAUUCUCUUACAGAUAUUGGAGCCCAAGACGAGACUUCGUGGUGCACGCCACCAGGCGGCAAAGAUCGAGCGAAGUGAUUUGAUAGAUGUCAUACAGUUGGCCUUCGAGUUUUACGACCCGGAGCAGCGCUUAUGGCCUUUCACAAACCAAACGCUUCGUAGGCGCUUUGAUGCGAUCUUGGAACGCCUUGACAUCAGGCGAAGCUCAUCUGGUGCUCGGCCUCUGGACCUUGGAUCGUUUCGUCCUGGCGGUGCCACGCACAUGCUGCAGUGCUGCGAAGACUCAGAACGUGUAAGAAGAAGAGGCCGUUGGGCCUCGCCGAAAGUGAUGGAGAUUUACCUCCAAGAAGUGGCAAGCUCGACUUUUUUCCCGAGCCUUGAUCUUCGUACCCGCGAGCUUGUGUAUGGCUUUGCGCAGGCCUUCAGCAGUACUCUGGAUCAGGUUCAGGUGAAUGAGUGGAUGGCCUUGUGCCGUGACCUCCUCCUUGACAUGGAGCAGGUCGGAGACGCCUUCAAGGCUGAUGGGCAGUUGGGACGUGAAAGUGCUGCUGAUAGAGUUCGGCUGUACCACGUCUGCUUAGGUGUGGAGCUUGCAAGUCCCGUUUCCAAGUCCUACGCAGUGAAAAGGGAUCAAACGGAUUCAAAGGAAGUGCUUGCGCUGUGUGUUUCCUGGUGGGAGGUGGAUGGCCUUCCCAAGACCAUUGCUGACAGAGUCUGGAUGCAGAAGCAGGCAGAGAUUCGUGGAGCAGCAAGGAAGAAGCAGGAAGAGGCUGAAGAUGAGAAACCGAAGGAGAAACUGAGCAAGCGCCUUGCCUUAAAGAAGGCUCAGAAGCAGAACGCCGUGAAUGCCAAGAAGCAAGAGAUGAAGCUUGAGAAGGAGAUGCAGGACUCGGGCAGUUAUUGUCUAGAGGCCCAGAGUAGCAAGCCAAAUAUCAAGUGCCCAUCUCCUGCCUGCGUGACAGCUGUUUUGAGUUGUCAGUUCUUGAACUGCGGGGGCCACGAAGCUACGGUAGCUGAAGUCGCAGGGGCACCUGACUGA